CGCGAUGCAACGGACGGACUCGCCGCCGCCCGCUUUAUUACUCCUCCUCACCCGCUUUUAAAACUUCCGUUUUACACGACGACUACUAGUAGUAGUACUCUCUCCUCUGCCCUUUCAGCAGCUCCUCGCUUCCAUUCCUCCCCGCCCACGCCUCCCCUCCUCCUUUGCUUCCGUUUCCGGUCCUCGCGGCGCAGCUAGCUCCUCACGACUCCCGGAGCGGAAAAACAAACCCUAGCGCGAUCUCCCGCGCGGAGAACCGAUCGAUUGCCAUGGCGUCCCCGGCGCGGCCGGCCUCCGUCUCCGGACCCUUCGGCCUCUCCCCAGACCUCGCCCGCUGCUCCUUCGACCAGGCGCUCCGCCGAGAGGAUUUUCAGGACAGCAGAAUACUGAGAUCAUUUGUUAGCUUCCAUGAACAAGAAAACCAUUCCAAAAAAGUUAUAACGGAAGCUAUAGAGGAUUGCAUGAAGAAACAAGCUGAAAAUUUGGUGAAUUCACUGGAUGUCAUUAGUGGAAGGCUGUCGCAGUUGGAGUUAUAUUGCUAUAAGCUGGAAAGGUCCAUUGGAGAAUUACGAAGUGAUGUGAUGGAUUACCACAGUGAAGCAAAUCUUAAUUUCAAUUGCCUUGAAAAGAAUAUGAAAGAGGUUCAGACAUCUGUACAAGUUUUGCAGGAUAAGCAAGAGCUUGCUGAAACUCAAAACAAGCUAGCCAGGCUUCAAAUGGUAUAUGAGGAGCCUGCACAAAAGAGUGAAGGUACUGCCCCAUCAGUUUUUAUGGCGAACGAAAAUGAUAGUAGUUUUCCAGUUGCAAAACAUGAGCUUGCCCUUGUACCAGUGCACCAAGUAAAUGCUAUACAAUCCCCUGGUAUGCGAUUCCAAAGUUGCAAUGGGCUUAUUCUACAGCAACUUGUGCCUGUCUCUUUGGGGGCUCAACAAGAUCAGCAGCACUUGAACCAAUCUACUGUUUACUGUAUGCAAAAUCAAAGCCAUCCUGAGCACAGGCAGGCCCAACCAUUUCAACCUGCGCCACAAUCUGUGCAGCCACAGACCCAAAACCCUCAGCCACAGACUGUUGUUGAGUUACCUCCAAUUAGUCAGGCACCAGAGUACUACCUCCAAGCUCAGCAGCAAUGGCCACAUCAAACUGGCCAGGAUGUUCACUCACAGGCAAGGCAACAACAACCACACGUGGUACAGCAGCAGCAGUACACCAACAUUCAGCAGGUUCCAGCUCAGGUAGUUCAACUGCAAACAUCUUCUCCACAGUCCCAAAGCGCACCUCACGUUACGAUGUUCUAUCCUCCAUAUGGAACUCAGCAACCCGCCUGUGGUAACACUGAGACUCAUCCUAGAAGCACGGUUGUGCAGCCUUCCUACUCUACAAUUUCCUCAUCCCAGCGAAAGCAUCAUGAAGUUGCUCCUAUUUAUGUGCAAAGCAGCGCAAUUUCGGCUCCAAUGCCAGAGCAUAACCUCCAGCACCAGCAGCCGCAACAAUUUCAUUUGCCUGGCAAUGGCUCAUUUGCACCUCAACCAAACAAGGUUGGUCUUCGUGGUGUUUCACCAUAUGCAGUACAAGGUGGUGCCCAGGUCUACAACACUGUUUAUGGUAGCCCUUCCAGCAAUCCUCCUACUGUUGUUGCUGUCCUUCCUCAACAAAGACAGGUUAGUGCUCCGAUGAUGCUUCAUCAUUUAGGACCCCAGGUUGUGCAGAAUCACCCAGUAGACAUGGCUGACAAGGCUGCUCGAAUGGGUUACCUGAAUGAUCAAGUUGAGAGCAUGGCGCCACGGAUGGUCACUGCAGGCCAGCCUGUGGAGUUCAACACCUUCCAUGACGGGCUGAGCUCUUGUGGCAAUGGGUUGAUUCCACAGGCAUGGUCUGGUUAGUCGAUGAUGGAGAAGUCAACAUGGGAUCACUCCAUCCGCUAUUCGUGACAUGUGAAUUAUUAUAUGAUGAUGAUGAUCCUAUUAUCAUCGGAAGCUUUUCAGCUUCACCACGGUAUUUGCUCUGGCAUCUUUUUAUAGCCAGCAGAUUGGCACAUAUCCUCCAGCUUACUUUUUUCAGCUGGAUGAUCGUGAUGAAAUAAGGCCGUUAGAUUAGUCAAAUGAUGAUUGUUGGCAUGUGUCCUACCUUUUAAUGGACAUUUUAUGCUUGUAACCUGUUGUGGACUUGCAUUUGCAUGUUUGCGAUAUGAAAAUAUGAGAAAUUUGUUGUUCUUCACAUUCUUGUAGCGUGUAAACUCUUGACAGUGGUAUUGCUAAUUUAUCCAUAGUCUUUCCA